AAUUUUUUCUUUUCGAAAAUUUUAAAAACAAUCAAAUAUGAAUAUCAGGAGUUUACUAGUGAUGAAUUUACUGUGGUUUUUGUCGGUAAACACAGAAACUUUAGUGAAAAUUUCUCAGGGUCAAUUGGAAGGAAAUGUGGAAACAGGAAGAUACGGAAGACGCUAUUCCGCAUUUCUAGGUAUUCCGUACGCUAAACCGCCAAUUGGAGAUAGAAGAUUCAGAAAUCCAGAACCAGCUGAUGGUUGGACAGGUAUUCGUUCAGCACAUUCACUUGGAAGCGAAUGUCCUCAAAAUGACGGUGGAAAAAUAUUUGGAAACGACGAUUGUCUAUUCCUAAAUGUCUACACUCCGUUGUUAAAUUUUGAAGAACCUAAGCCAGAUCAAAAAUUACUUCCGGUGAUGGUCUUCAUUCACGGAGGUAGCUUCCUAAUAGGAUCAGGCAACAUGUACGGAGCACAAUAUUUAUUGCAAAAGGACAUUAUUUUAGUUACAUUUAACUACCGACUAGGAAUUUUAGGAUUUCUCACCACAGCCGAUGAAGUUGCACCUGGAAAUUUCGGUCUCAAAGAUCAAGUUCUCGCUCUUAAGUGGAUUCAAAAAAAUAUCAGAUCAUUUGGAGGCGAUCCAAGGAAGGUGACAUUGUUUGGACAAAGCGCUGGUGGCGCUUCAGUGAAUUUGCAUUUAAUUUCAAGUGCCAGUGAUGGUUUAUUUUCGAAAAUAAUAAUGCAAAGUGGUACAGCACUAGGACCUGGUGGCUAUCAAGAACAAAAGGAUUUCAAACAACAUAUCGAAAAACUAGCAAAAAAAUUCAGAUGUUCCACAAGUUCAUCACAACUGAUUAUUAAUUGUCUCCGUAAAGUGAAUUCUAACGAUUUGGUUAAAAGCAGUUCCUUGACAGAGACAAUGGAAUACGGUCAUGCUAUUUGGAUACCGACAAUAGAAUCAAAAAGGGAAGGUGCAUUUUUAACCGAAAUACCACUCAGUAGUGUUAAUAAUAACAGAACAAAAGAUUUGCCAUUACUCAGUGGAAAUUGUGCUGAUGAAGGUUUAUCAAUCACUGAUCCAAACUUUUCCCAUAUUGUCCUCUACCUGCUGUUCAGAUUCAAUUUCAGAACAUCAAUGAAUUACAUAGCUAAAUAUUAUAAUCAAGAUGCUGAUAAAUUAUUUCAGGCCAUGAACAAGUUCUACUUCGACAACCGAUUUUACCUAACUUUACAACCCAAAGAGUUCUUGAAUAGAGUUUCAAAAUUCUACAGUGAUGGAUCGUUUUUCUAUCCACAAAUAAGAUUACUGGAAAAAAUACAACCACGAAUGAAAAGUAACAUCUACUUUUAUAAUUUUGGUUAUCGAGGUGCAUUGAGCAUGGCAGCAAUUGGUGGAAUUAAAGGAAAUAGUGGCGUGACACAUGGAGAUGAUAUUCUCUAUUUAUUUCCCAUAACUUCCACAUUUACAACGACAAAUUCCAAUUUUACUGGUGGUGAUGAGAAAAUCAGUAGAUUAAUGGUUGAUUUUUGGACAUCAUUUGCAACAAACGGACGACCAACAUCUAACGAAAUACCAAAUGCAAAUCUCUGGCAACCGUAUUCAGCGACUUCUGCCUCUCAUAUUCAGAUUGGAAACAUUAAAAACAAUAAGGAACCAACGGUAGAAAUGUCCAGCGACUACUAUACAGAAAGAAUUAAUUUUUGGAGGAAAAAUGUUCCCAUCUAGAUGACAAAUGUUAAAACUAUUUUCCUAAUUUUUUACCACACAGAAAAAACGAUAAUCUAAUUUAAAGAAGAACCUAGAGCCAAGAAUAUUCCCCUUAAUUAAGUGACCCCAUUUAAUUUAAGUAGGGCACUUAAUUAAGGGGAAUCUUCUUAACUCCUAUUUAAGUAGGUUCUUCUUAAAAUUAGAUUAUCGUUUUUUCUGUACAGUUGCUUGUCGAGAAUAA